GCAGCACGGAAGUGGUUUUUGAAAGCGUUUCCAAUGCUUCUUUUUUUGUUUCAUUGUGUUUGUAAUGGCUAAUAAAGAAAGAGUUCCUCUUCAUUGAUGGGUGAAUGAGAUCACCUGCGCAUCCCGCUCAGCUGGCACUCGUGGAACGGAGCCCACUCUCAUGAUGGCACGCAAAAUAAGCCACAGAAGACAGGGAAGCAUUGAACUGCUGGAGACCAUUGGUGUUGUAAAUGAGAAUGGUAUUGAAAACCCAUCAAUGCCACCAGUGCAACCUCCUAUGUCCUUCGAUUACAUUCUGGUGGCAAAAACUUCAGAUGAGGAGGACAAACAUCGCAGCAGAAAACAGAUAGCAUUUAUUGACGCUUUGAAAGCAAAGAAGUUAAACAUAUGUAAAAUUAGAGAUGAGGAAAAGGUGUUUUAUUGCAUCAGAGCACCAAAAGUGAUCUUUGAGACAUACAGGUAUCUUCUAAAAGUGUCUGAUGCCUGUAACUGGAGUUGUGAGCAGCAGGGUACAAUACCUCAGUCUACCAGGAUUCGUAUUGUUGAUUUCAUUCUGCAUCACACAAGCAUUGAUUCAGAGGGUGUAUCAGAAUAUCUGCCAGAUCUGAUAAAUAAAAGUGUUUUUGAGACUCACUUCUGCUUACAUGAGAAAAAGGAGCAGAAAGAACUGAAAAAUAGUUGGGCUCGAUGGUCUGCUUGUUUCCGUGGCCAACCUAUAACUAACGUCAGGAACUAUCUUGGUGAGAAGGUAGCACUCUACUUCUUGUGGCUGGGCUGGUACACAUUUCUAUUGAUUCCUGCUGCUAUAAUUGGUCUCAUAGUUUUCCUGUAUGGUCUGGCCUUCUUCAGUACUAGUCCACUCAUCCAGGAGGUGUGCCAAACGGACAUAAUCAUGUGCCCUCUGUGCGAUAACAGAUGCAAAGUGUGGGAGCUGUCUGACACCUGCAUGUAUGCAAAGGUGAGCCUUCUGUUCGACAAUGAGGGCACAGUGGCAUUCGCAAUGUUCAUGGCCGUGUGGGCCACUGUGUUUCUGGAGUUCUGGAAGUGUCACAGAUCAUCUUUCGUAUCUAAAUGGAAGGUCAUUGACUGGUGUGAGGAGGAGGAGGAGUUGAUUCUCGAAAUUGUCAAUAACAAACAAUGUGAACCCAAGAUGCACAAACACUCUUAUCUUCGCUCAACUCUAGUGCUGGUUUUAGUUACGCUUAUGUUGAUGGCCAUCAUUGGCUUGACUCUUGCAUUGGUGGUGUUCAGAGUGAUUGCAACUGUACAGUUGGCUGAAAACAGUUCUUGGACAUUUAUUAAAGAGAACUCACACACAGUUGCCCUGAUGCUCGGAGCUGUGUUUCACUAUAUCACCAUUACCAUCAUGACUCGGGUAAAUUGUGAAGUAGCCAUGAAGCUCAGUAAAAUAGAGAAUAAUUUGUCCCAUGCUGACACUGAACGGAGCUUCACGGUGAAGAUGUUUACAUUCCAGUUCUUCACACUCUUCUCCUCUCUCAUCUACACAGCGUUCUUUCUGGGAAGGAUAAAUGGUCACCCAGGAGGAUAUAAGAGGAUAUUAGGAAGAUGGAGACUGGAGGAGUGUCACCCAAGUGGCUGUCUCACAGACUUGUUCAUCCAGAUGUCUAUAAUUAUGGUACUUAAACAGACCUUCAACAAUAUCUUUGAAUAUUCUGGUCCGUGGAUCAGUCGCUGGUUAAAAAGAAAAAAGGCUCAGAAGUUGAGGAGAAGAUGUGUCAACUGCUAUAAGAAGGAGUGUAUGAAUGCAAAGGCAGGAUCAGGACUGUGUGAUAACUGCAAACUUGAGGACCUUCACAGGAACUAUGGACUGAACAAAAUAGAUAGCUUCAGCCUCUUUAAUGAAUUCUUGGAAAUGGUAAUCCAGUUCAGUUUUACUACAAUCUUCGUGGCAGCAUUUCCUCUGGCUCCUUUGUUGGCUCUUCUAAACAACAUCAUUGAGAUCCGAUUGGAUGCCAUUAAGAUGGUUAGUCUUGAACGCAGACUGGUUCCAACGAAGGCCAACGAUAUUGGUGUCUGGACAGAUGUGCUUGAGGCAAUUGGUGUGCUUGCAGUCAUUGCUAAUGGACUGGUCAUUGGUAUAUCUUCAGAUUUCAUUCCACGUCUGGUUUACCAAUACUACUAUGGGCCUUGUUCCAGCGGCAGUGCUUCUGGCAUUGAUUGUAUGGUUGGAUAUAUAAACAACACUCUGUCCAUUGCUAAUAUUAGUGAUGAGAGAGUCGGUAAAGAUUUCACACCCUUUCAGACUGUCACUCACAGUGGCAUAAAUGUGACACAAUGCAGUUAUAGAGACUAUAGAAGUAAUGAGGACUAUAGUUUAACUAAUCAGUUUUGGGUGAUUCUGGCAGCACGACUAGUCUUCAUCAUUCUGUUUGAGCAUGUCGUGGUGAUCUUUAAGUGUGUGGCCAGCUGGUUUGUCCCUACCUCCCCCCUGGAUGUGAGAAAUGAAAUACUGUAUGAUAAACUCAGAAGACUGAAGGAAGAAUUGAGAGGUCAAAGAGCACACCACGACAUAUUCACCAAACUGAAUGAGCAUGAUAAUGCGACAAGAAUCGUACGUCAAAGCAGAACAUUAAGCUAAAUAUGUGACCUGUUCUUUUAAUAUUAUACAAAACAAGGUACUUCCUCAACCAUAUAUUCACAAAGAAUAAAUGAUAAUCAAUAACAUUUGACUUCAGACUGUUUCAAGCAUAUGAUCUUAGCUUAAUAAUAAAAUAAAUAAUAAAUAAUAUAAAAAGGUUGUACAAUAGUUUUAGAGGAUGGCCACCAUCUAUUUAUUAUUGUUUAACAUUUGAAGAAAAAUAGAAAAUAUAUUAGCUCAACAGGUCCUUAA